UGGUGGUCGGUGCGGGAGGAGGGCGGGGAGCUCGCGGGCCGGAGAGGGGGGAGACGGCGGCGGCGGGGGCCUGAGGAGGCCCGAGCGGCGGCGGCGGCGGCGGAGGCCGAGGCGGAGCCUGGAGAGGUGUGGCUGGACCAAGACCUCCCCCGAUGUGAGCAGGUUUCAUCCUCCCCCCACUGCCCGUUGCCGCCACGCCAGGGAACGUCCUCAAGCCCUGGCCCUCAGGGGAGAGGUAACAGGAGUCCCGAGCCGAGACCAUGUGACGGCGCUGGCCCUCGCCACCGCCGUCCCCCCCACCCUGGCCCCAGGCCCGGCACCAUGAUGUUCCGAGACCAGGUGGGCAUCCUCGCUGGUUGGUUCAAGGGCUGGAAUGAGUGUGAGCAGACGGUGGCCCUGCUGUCACUUCUGAAGCGGGUCACUCGCACCCAGGCCCGCUUCCUGCAGCUCUGCCUGGAGCACUCGCUAGCGGACUGCAAUGACAUCCACCUGCUGGAGUCGGAGGCCAACAGUGCUGCCAUCGUCAGCCAGUGGCAGCAGGAGUCCAAAGAGAAGGUGGUAUCCCUCCUGCUGUCCCACCUGCCCCUACUUCAGCCAGGCAACACGGAGGCCAAGUCGGAGUACAUGAGGCUGCUGCAGAAAGUGCUGGCCUACUCGAUCGAGAGCAAUGCCUUCAUCGAGGAGAGCCGCCAGCUGCUCUCUUAUGCCCUCAUCCACCCGGCCACCACACUGGAGGACCGCAAUGCACUGGCCCUCUGGCUGAGCCACCUGGAAGAACGGCUGGCUAGUGGCUUCCGCACCCGGCCUGAGCCUACCUACCACUCACGCCAAGGCUCGGAUGAGUGGGGGAGCCCUGCAGAGCUGGGCCCUGGGGAGGCAGGGCCAGGCUGGCAGGACAAGCCACCCCGGGAAAAUGGACACGUGCCCUUCCACCCAUCCAGCUCAGUGCCGCCAGCCAUCAACAGUAUUGGGAGCAACGCAAAUGCAGGUCUCCCCUGCCAAAUUCACCCCAGCCCGCUGAAGCGCUCCAUGUCGCUCAUCCCCACGAGCCCCCAGGCCCCUGGUGAGUGGCCGAGUCCGGAGGAGCUUGGGGCCCGGGCUGCUUUCACCACGCCCGACCACGCACCCCUCUCACCCCAGAGCAGCGUGGCCUCCUCUGGCAGUGAGCAGACGGAGGAGCAGGGCUCCAGCCGGAACACUUUCCAGGAGGACGGCAGUGGCAUGAAAGAUGUGCCCUCAUGGCUGAAAAGCCUCCGCUUGCACAAGUACGCGGCCCUCUUCUCACAGAUGAGCUAUGAGGAGAUGAUGACACUGACUGAGCAGCAUCUGGAAUCUCAGAAUGUGACCAAAGGUGCCCGCCAUAAGAUAGCACUGAGCAUCCAGAAGCUGCGCGAGAGGCAGAGUGUCCUCAAGUCCCUGGAGAAGGAUGUGCUGGAAGGCGGGAAUCUGCGCAACGCUCUGCAGGAGCUACAGCAGAUAAUCAUCACCCCCAUCAAGGCCUACAGCGUCCUCCAGGCCACUGUGGCUGCUGCCGCUGCUGCCACCCCUACUGCCAAGGAUGGGAGCCGGGGAGAGCCACCACUGCCAGGUGCUGAGCCUUCCCUGGUUCACCCCGGCACAGACAAGGGCACUGAGGCCAAGGACCCUCCAGCUGCAGAGAGCUACCCCCCUCCACCAGCUCCGGCUCCCACUGAUGGCAGUGAGCCAGCCCCAGCUCCCGUUGCCGACGGAGACAUCCCCAGCCAGUUUACACGGGUGAUGGGCAAAGUGUGCACCCAGCUGCUGGUGUCCCGACCGGACGAGGAGAACAUCACCAGUUACCUCCAGCUUAUUGAAAAGUGCCUGACUCAUGAGGCGUUCACGGAGACGCAGAAGAAACGGCUCCUGUCCUGGAAACAGCAAGUGCUGAAGCUCCUCCGGACCUUCCCGCGCAAAGCCGCUCUAGAGAUGCAGAGCUACCGGCAGCAGAAAGGCUGGGCAUUCGGCUCCAACUCGCUUCCCAUAGCUGGCUCUGUGGGGAUGGGGGUGGCCCGGCGGACCCAGCGGCAGUUCCCCAUGCCUCCCCGGGCCCUCCCACCCGGUAGGAUGGGCCUUCUGAGCCCUUCAGGCAUCGGGGGCAUCUCCCCACGACAUGCUCUCACUAGCCCCAGCCUUGGGGGCCAGGGCCGACAGAACCUGUGGUUUGCCAACCCUGGAGGCAGCAACAGCAUGCCCAGCCAGAGCCGUAGCUCUGUGCAGCGCACCCACUCCCUCCCGGUCCAUUCCUCACCCCAGGCCAUUCUCAUGUUCCCUCCAGACUGCCCGGUCCCUGGGCCUGACCUGGAGAUCAAUCCCACUCUGGAGUCUCUGUGUCUGAGCAUGACAGAACACGCCUUGGGUGAUGGGACAGACAAAACCUCCACCAUCUGACGGGACCCACAGCCCAGCGCACCCAUAGGCUCCCUGGGCGGCGGGCGGGGGCCAACCCCCAACGGGCUUCUCUGCGACAGCGAGAGGGUGGGCUGGCUCAGCUAUACAUUCUAGUAUUUUUCUACUUUCUCACCCUUUUAACUUUUGUUUAACAUUGGCACGCGCCUUGCUCACUCCCAGGCCCGUCGAGGGAUCUCUGCUGAGGUUCAGGGAGGUAGGGGGCAGCCAGGAUAAAGGAGGCAGGGACUGGCCAGCCUGACUGCCCCUCCUUCCCUCCCUCAUCUCCUACCUGGCCCCGUCCCACCCCUGCCUCUUCCAGACUGCCGGCCACCUGCCCCUCCUAAGGGAGCAGCUUACCCCUAUCUUGUGGGGCCUUCUCAGAACCAUCUGAUAUUUGGGGAGAAAGAAGCGGGGUUGAUAACCUGCUCUCCUGGAUGUUAUUUGAGAGGAGCUAAGGAGAAGCUGGUGGUUGAGAGGAUCCUCUCUCUCUCCUUGGCCACCACCUUCUCCUUCCCCAUUCCCAUCAUCCCCAAGGACAGGAGCCACCCUCCUUUCACUCACCUCCUUUUGCCCUGUUUAUCAGAGGUUCUCUACAAUUAAUUUCUUAGGCCUAUUUAAGAUGCAUAUUUAUAUAGUUCUUAACGGUUUUUCUCUCUGAUCAUUCCCUCUCGUUUUUAGAAUCCCCAGGUCUCUCUCUGAGCCAAGAAAGUGGCAGGGGGAGCCUGAAUUUUAUGAGGGGAGGGGGCAGAGCCCCUUCCUCCAGACCCCCUAGUCUUUCCCCUGCUUCCCUCCAGUCCUGGCUCCCCAGAUGCCGAGGUUGAAGGCCAGGAGCCAGGGCAGCCAGUGAGGUCAGGAAGUCUGUUGCCUUAACAUCCCCUUCCCGCAACCAACACACACCCUUGUCCACUCCCAGGUCUGGUAGCUGAAAGACUUGGGGUAAGGAAUAAGGGAAAGGGGAUUGUUUGGUUUUUGGUUUCUUUCCCCACCCCUCUUUUCUUUCAUCCUUCCCCGCCCCCCCAUUCUGUCAUGACCUCACUUAAGUGGAACACUAUAUCAUAACCCAGAGAUUUGUCCCAGCCGUGGAGUCAUACAGACCCUCUGGUCUCUGUUCCUGCUGAGGGGUUGUGCUGGGGCCCAGGUGGAGGGAGGGGACUUGGGGGUUCAGGCUGUGGGGAAGCCAGGGUCCCCUAUUCCAACCCCUUCUUCCCACUCAACCCACCCCACCCCCCACUGGGACAUUCUCAAGCUUUUCACACCGAAAAGGAAAAAAAAAAUGUUAUUUUUUAGAUACAUUUUAUGAAUAACUUUUGUUAUGAAUAUGGCUGGUAACCAUUGUGUAUGUUAUUAAAGAUACAAAAUGUUGGGAAAAAACAAAAAACCAAAAAAAAAAAUUUUAAAACCACCGCCCUCCCUGCACUCUCAGCCCAUUCCCCGGACCUUCUUGCCUCUGCCCUCCUGGUCUGGACCUCCCUCACCUCUGAGCCCAGGGAAGGGGAGGAAGCCAGGGGGUGGGGUGGCCCUGGGGAUCUGCUAAGGUCCCCACCUCCUCUCCCAGUGCCGGGCUGGGUGGGGUGUCAGGUUUAUUUAUGUACCUCUUGCACACUCAUCAACCUAUGCAAGUCCCCCACCCCGGCCCCUCCAUGUUUCUGUGCCUUUGCUCAUUCCCCUCAAGCUCCCAGGGCUUCUCCAGUCCCCCUCUCCCAUUUAGCCCCGGGAAGUGGGAUGGACAGGGGCCACCUCGUUUGGAAUCAGCAGGGUGUCCCUCUUAUAGGACCCUCACCACCUCCUAGCCAGUCCUGUCUUCUUCACUACCCAUCAGUGUGAGCUGGCUCUGCCUGGCAUUGGGAGGUGGUGAGGGACACCCCACACACACACACAAUGGGAGGCAAGAGCUGCCCCCCUCCCCCCACCUGACAGCAGAGUGUGCAGGACGCAGGCGGCCCCACUCUGAUGGGCAGGACCCUGACCCUCUUCUACCCCAGCCCCUCCCCAGCACCCUCCCCCGCCACCAUGAUUUCACCCUCCCUCCUAUCCCCAGCCCCACUGGCAGAAUCAGCUUUGAGUAACUGUACAGUUUUUCUCGCUGUUGGAGAAGACUUACUUGUUGGAGUUUCACUUGUUUAAUGGUCUGGGCUUAUUUUGGAAAAAAAAAAAAAAAAAAACAAGAAAACAAAAACGAAAAAAGGAUUCUGA